UUAGUGCGUCUGCUAGGUAAUACGUCCGGGUCAUUUCACUUAAGUUGCGCAAAUUCCCCUAAGCAAAAAAAAAAAAAAAAAGGACCGGAGACCAUCAAGUAGUACAGUCUGAAGUGAAAACUUUCUGACACAUGGCAGCCAAAGACACAGUGAGACAUAAUAAAACAGCCAUUCAGUCGACUUUGUGUGCAGACUACAAGCUGAUCCUCAACAAAGUUUAUGAAAAGGACCUGAUAACUGAACGCGAGUACAACAAUCUGAAAAGCAUCAACAAAGAAGAUGUAGAGGGGCAUGUCACUGAGAUUGUGGAUAAGAUGAUAAAUAAAGGAGAGGACACCUGCCAAGGCUUCCUGAACCUCCUGCAGACUGAUGAGGAUAUUAGAGAAACUUACCCUAAGCUGAAAAAAAUAUGGAACAAGGAGAGACCUUUAUCUAAACCUGUCCAAGCUACUUCAGUUGACAGCACAGAUUCUUCACCAGACACAAAGAGGCAAAAGAAGGACGAGCAGUAUCAGUUGAACAGCAAACCUACCGGCCUCUGUGUGAUCAUAAACAACGAGCGGUUCAUGAACCAUGUAGUCAGAACCGGAACCAACAAAGAUGCAGAAAGUUUGGGAAAGGUGUUCAGCUGGCUCGGGUUCAGAGUCCUGAUGUGUAAAGACCAAACCAAGGACCAGAUGGAUCAGGCACUGAACUACUUCACUUCUCUCAGCGACCCAUCUCAGCUGCCAGAGUUCAGUGUGAUGGAGUGGUCUGACGGUGGAUUCACUGAUCUCCAGGAGGCUCCUAAACAUGGAGAUGCCUUCAUCUGCUGUAUUCUGAGUAACGGAGUGGACGGCGGAGUUUUAGGGACCGAUGGGGAGGCCCUCUCCAUCAAAGCAAUAUAUAAAAGAUUCAUGGCAACUGACCGAUCAGUCCUCACCGGCAAGCCCAAAGUGUUCCUGAUCCAGGCUUGCCAGAGAGGGGAAGUGGGGUUAAAAGAUCUGCAGAGCGAUGAUUCUCAUUCACUAUCCAUCCCUGGGGAAGCCGAUUUUCUGGUUGCAAUUGCCACUGUUGGUGGCUAUGACUCAUAUAGACACAGAAUAAACGGAAGCUGGUUCAUCCAAUCUGUGUGUCAGCAGCUAGAGGAGGGCUGUCCCAGGGGCGAUGACAUGACCACCAUCUUCUACCGAGUGAUCGAUGAAGUAAGCCAGAAAGGGGUGCCCAAUCGACCGUGUGUAAAACAGAUGCCUGAAGUUAGGUUCACCCUGAGGAAGAGACUUGUGUUGUCACCACAUUGUAAUUAAAGCUCAAAUGUUAUUUUUAAAUGAGCACAUCAUUGCCUUUUAUACUGUCAUACAUUUGUCUGAAUAAAACUGUUUUUUGAUCA